AUGGUGGCCAUGUUUCUUCUCGCCGGCUUGCUUGGCCUCGCCUUGCUACCUAACGUCAGUGGUCAGCCCACUGAGCCGCAGAUCACACAGGCUCCGGAGCAUAAUGAGUUGGAUCUGCGCCAGGCGGAUGAUCUCUUGGGUUGGACGAGCGCCGGCUCCUCAUAUGCAUCUGUAGGAUGCUCACCAAACUCUUAUACUACUUUGGGGAACUGGGCGGCCUGCGCUGACCAGCGAGGUAUUCCCACGGGAUGCUCUGGUGUGGGCACCGUCCUCUAUUCUUCCACUACCGUUGUGUGCACUUCGCCGUAUCCAGUAUGCGACACUGCUACAGUAAUGGAGAGCCCGGGCGCCUCCUCCUACCUCGGAAUCAUUCGAUGUUUCCAGGGUUCAGCCACGACGCCUCGGUUGACGUACUUCAGGACUCCUGGAACAAGUGCUUCGACAUCCUCAUCAUCCGCGAGGACCACCACGAGGACCACGACCGUUACUUCGACCUCAACCUCGACCGCAACAAGCUCGUCGUCAGCAGGGGACGAGACGACGAGCACGGAUGGCACAAGAAUCAUUGUGUUUGGAUCGUCGACGACAAGCACGGGCGCGGCGACUGGAACUGCCAUCGGCGGCAGCGGGGGAAGUGACCAGUCAGGCGGCGGACAGAACCUCGCAUGGAUCGCGGGUCCCAUCAUCGGUGGACUGGCCGCCAUUGCCAUCGUGAUCCUCCUCAUCUGGAUCGUCAAGCUCCUACGGAAGCGCAACGCCGAGCAGCAGACUCAGACUCCGCAGCAGCCAUCACCCGGCGCUCCCCAGAUGGCCCAGCCCAACAUGGGCCAUCCCCAUGCCUACACCGAGGCAUAUGCGCCCCAAAAGACGACGCCGACUCCCUCCACCCAAGUAGGAUCCGUGUACGUACCGGAGCUGCCCGGAUACGCGCACCAGACGCAACCCGCCGAGCUGCAAGGGGCGUACUAUCCUCAACAGCCUUACCCUCAACAGCAACCCUACCCCCAGCAGCAGCCUUACGCUCAGCCGCCAUACCACCAGCAACAGUACGACCAGCAACAGUACGACCAGCAACCUUAUCCCCAGCAGUCUCCGCCUCCUCAGCAGUCAUCGCCGCCGCUUCACCAGCCUCACCCGCAGGCUCCGCACCAAUAG